CAUCUCCCGCCCGGGGGCGUGUCUUGUGCAUCCUUGGAGCAAUAUGGCGCUGCCCUUUGCACGCUGGUGGAAUUUGUGCCGCUGGGGAACCAAAAGAUGUGGGUUUGCUGUCCGGGAAGCCCGGAGAGGCGUCAGUUUCAAACUGGAAGAAAAAACUGCCCACAGUAGCCUGGCACUCUUCAGAGGUGACACAGGAGUCAAAUAUGGCUUGGUGGGAUUGGAGCCCACCAAGGUGGCCCUGAAUGUGGAGCGCUUCCGGGAGUGGGCGGUAGUGCUGGCAGACAGUGCGGUCACCAGUGGCAGACACUACUGGGAGGUGACAGUGAACCGCUCCCAGCAGUUCCGAAUAGGAGUGGCAGAUGUGGACAUAUCCCGGGAUAGCUGCGUCGGUGUUGAUGAUCGUUCCUGGGUGUUCUCCUAUGCCCAGCGCAAGUGGCACAGCAUGUUGGCCAACGAGAAAGCCCCAAUCGAGGGUAUCGGGCAGCCGGAGAAGGUGGGGCUGCUGCUGGACUAUGAGGCCAAGACGCUGAGCCUGGUAGAUGUGAGCCAGGUCUCAGUGAUCCACACACUACAGACAGAUUUCCGGGGCCCCGUGGUGCCUGCUUUUGCGCUUUGGGAUGGAGAGCUGCUAACCCACUCAGGGCUUGAGGUGCCAGAAGGCCUCUAGUGUGUCCCUUCCUGGAGUCUCCUAAUCAUGCUCUUGGCCAGCCUUCUGUUCAAAGUGUUUACAGCUGUUUGACUUUGCCUCAAGCCGGGGUAGCUCCUACAAUUGUUUGGAUUCUUUGUGUAGUCCUUGUCCUCAGGCCCCUACCCUGUGAAAACCAGGUACACAGCCAAACUCUACCCCAGUAUUACUGCCAGUUUCCUAAUAGUGAUUUUCCCCCUGACGCGCCUCCUUAGGUUUGUUUACUCAUGUCCAGAUAUUUCUGACCGUUCAGUCCUGGGGUCUUGUCUUUCACCUGUUUGAAUUUACUCACUGCUACCUCUCCCUCCUUACCCCCUGUAACUUAUUUUGGGGGUUCACCAUAUCCUCUGGAGUGUUUUCUACCUCUGGGUGGAGAAGCAGUGGCCAGAUACUUGGCCCUUUCUCUGAAGAACUCUAGACUCUGAGUUCCGGCUGCUCAAUGUUUUGUUGACUCAGUGGGUCAGCGGCAGAAUACAGCCCCCUCCCCAGCACUUCAACAGCAGGUGAUAGCCCUGCAGACCCAGCUCUCCUUAUUCCAACUCCCUCAACCUUCAGUGCACAUCUCUGACACCCAGCCAGUUUGUCAUUAACCAUUUUGCCAGUUACAGCUGUGACCAAAGGAGAAGCGACACUGAGGGGAUAUCCAGGAUUCUAGUGCCAGAAGCUUUAUUCUUGAGACAGUCCAUCUUCCUGUCUGCCACAGUUGAAAGCUUAAGAGAAAGGAGGGAGGUUUUGCACAAUCCAUUUUUGGGCCUUUUUAGACCCAAACCCCCAUUCCCCUUGGCCACAGACUAUACUUCAUCUAAUGCAGUAUUUU